AUGGAGCGCGGCCUCGCCCUCCUGCUUCCCCUCCUCCUGGGGCUGCUCCGGCCGGGCCGCGCGGGGCCGCUGCAGGUGGAGCCCGCCGAGCCCGAGGUGGCGGUGGCCGUGGGCGAGUCGCGGCGGUUCGCCUGCAGCCUGGCCUGCGCGGACGGCAGCGCGGCGGCGGUGCGCUGGCGCGGCCUGGACACCAGCCUGGGCGCCGUGCAGUCCGGCGCGGGCAGCAGCGUCCUCUCCGUGCGCAACGCCUCGCUGGCGGCCGCGGGGACGCGCGUGUGCGUGGGCUCCUGCGGGAACGUCACCUUCCAGCACGUCGUGCGGCUCCUGGUGUUCGCCUUCCCGGACCAGCUGACUGUGUCCCCGGAGACCCUGGUAGCCGGGCCAGACCUGGAGGUGAGCUGCACGGCCCACAACGUCGCGCCUGCUGGCCCAGGCAUCCUCUCCAUGUCCCUGCUCCUGGGGGACCAGGAACUGGAGGGCGAUGAGGACCUCCGGGAGGUGACGGAGGAGCCCCAGGAGGGCGAGGAGCUCCAGGAGGACGAGGACCCGCUGUUCCGGGUGACCCAGCGCUGGCUGCUGCCCGCCUUGGGGACCCCUGCCCCACCCACGCUCCACUGCCAGGCGACCAUGAGGCUGCCGGGCUUGGAGCUGAGCCACCGCCGGCCCAUUGCAGUCCUGCAGCGCCUGACCUCCCCGGAGACCCCCGUCACUACCUCCUCGGAGCCCCCCAUGACAGCCUCUUCGGAGCCCAGCAUCACAACGUCCCCAGAGCCCACGGAUACAACGUCCCCAGAGCCCCCUGUCACGACCCCCCCAAAGCCCCCCAUCACCACCUCCCCUCCUACCCCCGAGGUCACCCCAGAGCAGGCCUCCACCCGCAGCCCCAGGAGUCCCAGCCCCGCUACCAGGAACAGCUCCACCAGGCCCUGCCACCCAGAGAUACGCCAGUUGUCAGCACCGGGCGGGCUGGAACUGCUGUGUGAGGCGGCGUGCGGCCCAGGCACGGUCGUGCGCUGGACCCAGGCCCCUGGCGGGCUGGCGGCCUACGAGAUGCAGGAAGCAGGGGUCCAGGCUUGGCUGAGCAGCCGGAGCGUGCUGUGGGCCAGCUGCCACCCCGAGGGCUGGUUCCAGUGUCGCCUGGACCCCGGGGGCCAGACGGCCAACCUAUACGUGGCCCCAGAAAUAUGCUCCCCGCUGAGGUCCACAGCCCUGUGGAUGGGAAGCUUGGUGUUGGGGCUGCUUCUCCUGGUGUUCCUGACCUACCGCCUGUGGAAACGCUGCCGGCCGACCAGAUGA